AUGAUGGACCUCAAGGCCGCCGACACACAGGAGCUCGUGGAGUGCAUCGGCCGCAACGCCGCUGUCGUGCUCAUGAUGCCCCCCACCACCGGCCCUGCUGCUGCCGCUGUCGCACCCCUGGUUGCUGGGAUCAAGACCAAGCAGUCCGUGCUGCUGUGCGAGUCGUACGGAGGGGAUGAUGAGCCGGAGCCUCCCACUGAAGCUGUGUACCAGCUGUUUGAGGAGGCGGGCACUGACCUGGGGCAGGGGCUGACGCAGAAGGCGGUGAGGGAGGAGACGAGGCGCAGCAUGCCCCUGGCGGUGGCCAAGGCCAUUGCCCGCGUGUCAGGAGGGCUGUACGUGGUGACGGCCCUUAAGGGGUCGUCCAAGGGUGCUAUGAUCGCCUCCUGGGUCUCCCAGGCGAGCUUCAAGCCAUUGGGCAUCACCGUUGCUGUGGCCAAGGACAGAGCCAUUGAGUCGCUCAUGCAGGUGGGUGACUCCUUUGUGCUCAACUGUCUGGAGGAGGGCAACUUCGCUCCUCUCAUGAAGCACUUCCUCAAGCGCUUCCCCCCUGGCGCUGAUCGCUUCGAGGGCGUUGACUGGGACCCAGCCAGCAAUGGGUCGCCUGUGCUGGCAGGAUCCCUGGCGUUCCUGGAGUGCACUGUGGUGAGUCGCAUGGAGACCAACGACCACUGGAUCACUUAUGCUGAGGUCACUGCAGGGAAGGUGUCCAAGCCUGAGGGCCGCACUGCUUCCCACCAUCGCAAGCUGGGCGAUUAUUAUUAA